CUAGAUAGUACCCUGCUUACCGUCUGGAUCCUUUGCAUCUUAAACCUGUGGGUUUUUCGAUACGCGAACGUCAAAUCCCAAAUCUAGCCAUCCAAGGAUACAAAUAUUGCUGACGGCAAAAUCCGGACACUACUCUGGCUCAGAUUACGACAUCGGGGGUUCCCUCGUUAUCUUGGCCCAUUUGUCUAGACGUUGAACAGCUUCUCAAGGUUGGCUACCCAAGCGAUGUGUCAACAGUUAGGCGAGGAAGGACCGUCCGCUGCUUCGGAACCACCAGUGCACGAUGGAUCGGAUGUCUCCGAAACUUUCCCCUGGGACGUUGGAGUCUUCGACGCCCACUGUCAUCCAACCGACACGAUGACGUCGAUAUCAAGUAUACCGGACAUGAAAGCACGUGCUCUAACUGUUAUGUCUACACGAUCCCAAGACCAAGAGCUUGUGGCCAAUGUGACCUCUAAGCUUGGCGUUAAAGACUCGGACUCGCUUGUCUCGUCGUCUUCCGCAGAAGACCGUUUAGUUCCGUGUUUUGGUUGGCACCCGUGGUUUUCUUACCAAUUCUACGACGACCUCUCUGCGGACCCAACCUAUGAUGGAACACCAUCUGGUAAAAUCUCACACUACGACAAAGUGUUAACGCCGUUGCCUUCAUCAAAAGAUGUAUCCUUUAGCGAGGGUCUUCCAGAGCCACGGCCCCUUUCUGAAUUUCUGCGGGAAGCCAAGUCCCGCCUGGAACAAUAUCCUAUUGCCCUCGUUGGUGAAAUCGGCUUAGAUAAAGCAUUUCGGCUUCCCCAAAGCUGGACAUCGACCCACGAAGUUCAACGCGAUACGGGCCUUACGCCCGGCGGCCGCGAAGGCAGAAAACUUAGCCCUUAUCGAGUGCAAAUAACCCACCAGGUUAUAAUUCUCGAAGCCCAGCUGCGGCUCGCAGGUGAGAUGGGCCGUGCGGUAAGUGUCCACGGAGUUCAGGCACAUGGUGUGGUUUACGACACCAUAUCCAAACUCUGGAAAGGACACGAAAGACCAGUAACAUCGAGAAGAGAGAGGAAACAGAUUGCUGAAGGGGCGGAAGAUUUCUCUAGUUCAUCUUCAGAUGAAGAUGAAGGCUAUGCCACGUUUAUCAACAGAAGAAAAGAAAGAGCAGCGAAGCAGAAUCGUAUCAAGCAGGGACCGAAGCCUUACCCCCCGCGGAUUUGUAUGCAUUCUUUCAGUGGUCCUGUUGAUGUUGUUAGGCAAUACCUUCAUCCCUCGGUACCAGCAAAGGUUUUCUUCUCGUUCUCAAUCGUGAUAAAUUGGAGCACGGGAGGUGGAGACAAAGCCGAGGAGGCAAUCCGCGCCGUCCCUGAUGAUCGUAUAUUGGUUGAGAGUGAUUUACACACGGCAGGCGAACAGAUGGACCAGUAUCUAGAACAAGUAUGCAGGAAGAUAUGUAAGGUCAAGGGAUGGGAACUGCGUGAGGGGCUUGAAAAACUGGGUAGGAACUGGAAGGAGUUCAUCUUUGGGUAGUAUCUGUCCAGAAAUGUUUCUUGUGGUCCAUCCUAGAGAAAUAAUCCACUGUAUAGAGAGAUGAUCAUGACUCGUCACAAUUUGAUAUAACUUCUUGUGUCCUCGGUCUCUGGAACAUUGCUUGCUGAACCAGCUUGAGAUAACUUAGGAUAUCGAAUUAGACUCUAGCAUAAGGUCUGCUAGAACGAAAACCGGUGCCAAUAAUUUAUAUCGGAUAGUGGCCGUCGUAAAAGACGAAGUUAACAUCUAGUUAGGUAGGAGUAUGCGAGCAAGUUGAUGGUUGAAUUAGGAUAAGAUGCAUAUAUAAAAGUGGACUAUACCGGGG